CAUGCAUUCAAUGAGUGAUUCUCUGUUCUCAAACACUACAUUUAUUGUUCGAAUAUUAAAAUUCCAACGAGUUGUUGCUCCUUGGGGAAUUUUUUCCCCACAAUCCUGUUCAGUACCUCUACGCGUUGAGGAGAAUUAUAAAAAAAUCCCGGAAUAUCUUUCAAAUCUCCAAAGAACACCCAGCUUGGGACAUAAUCAGCUUUGUCAGGGAAAUUUCCUAUUAACGGAUCUACGACGCUCAAAAUAUGUCUUUUGAGAGUAUCAGCGUCACAUUUUUCGGGAUUCAUAUAAUUCCAAAAACGUUUUACUAGUUCACGUUAAAUACGUAUCUGAAAAUUGGUUUUUCCCCGAAAUGUUCGUUGUUUCAUCUGCUAUUAUCGCCAAUUACGAGGCUCUGUUAAUCUGUUUUAUUAUUUCUUCAUGAC